AUGGUGCCAUUAGCAUAUUAUGGUCAACCCUUUGUGCAACUAGAUCCCUCUUACCAACAACUGACAACAGCCAAUUCAUUUACACAUCAAUACACAAGUGAAAAACUAAAUCAACUCAAUAACCAACCUGCAGCCAAAGUACAAUCCUACAGCAAUCACCUUACAGCAACUCCAGUAACCUCUAACAAAACUGUCCAGAGCUACUCAACAUUGCCUUCUCCCAAGUCUCAGGACACAAUUUCACAGAGAUUCUAUAAAAGGACCCAGAAAUCACCAUUAUCCCACUCCAAAAAUCAGAUUACACCUUCACUAGACCUCCACUGGAGAAAUUCAUUGCUGUCCACUCGGAGAGCCCUGAGUUCACCUUUGUCUCACUCCAAAGUCCCCAAAACAUCUUCACCUGAGCUCAAGACAUCUUCAUCACUGAAGCCUGAUCAAACAGCCUUGAGCUCACAAUUACCUGUCCCUAACUCUCAAACUACAUCUUCAAGCCUAGACCUCUGGUGGACAUCACCUUCAUUGAAGUCUACAUCACCUUCAUUGAAGUCUAAUCAAAGAACCCCAAGUUCAUCAUUAACCUCCCUCCAACACGAAGAAAGGCCUUCCCUAAACAUUGUCUGGACAGCCUCUUCUUUGGGACUUAACCAGAGAGCUCUUAGCUCAACACCACUUCAAUCCAAACCUCAGAAAACAUCGUCUUUGGACUGCCUUUGGACAUCUGUAUUGGAGCACAAUCAAAGAUCUUUGAGCUCACCAUCACUUAGCACCAAACUUCAAACAAAUGACUUCCUUCAGACAUCACCUUCACUGGAGACCAAUCAAGUGUCUCUCAUCUCACCGUUACCUAACUCCAUACCUCAGAAGACACCUAUACUGAACUCUAAACACAGUAUUCUCAGCUUACCAUUGUCUUACUCAAGAACAAGGAAGUCACCAUUACCACAUUCUGCCCACCAAUCUCAGAGUUUACCAGUGUUUCAGCUCAAAUCUCAGACAGUACUUAGACUUGACCAAAACUCUCGGAUUCACAGCUCACCAGUCUGUCACUCCAAGUUUCAGUAUGUCACGUCACCAAAUGACAAACAAAACCCCAAAGAUUUACCAUCAUCAUAUCCUAAACCCAAUGUGUCAGGUCAUACAUUAUCAACCUCCAAACACUGCAUCAGAAACACAGCCGCUUCAACACUGAGGUCCAGAUUCCAGAGUAAAAGCAACUCAGCUUUUUGUGCAAAGGCAGAAUCAAAUAAAGAAAUUUCAUGGAUUUUAGGUUAUAGGCAGCCAUGCGUUGUUAAAGGUGGAACUGUCCCUGAUAAUGUUGUAAAUAAAAUUGUGAAAUCUAUCUCCAAGACAAGAAUCCAGAGGGAUCUCUGUAGGCAGAUUCUCUUUCGAAGGAUGAGGGGAAGACCUAAUCCUCGUCCUGGUCCACGCCUUUCAUCAAAUUAUAUCGUUUGUUUAACUUGUGCUUCCUGCAUAAAAUCUCAGUGUAGACAUCUAACAGGAAGGAAAGAUCCUCGUUGUGCAACACUAUUUGUCGUACCAACACCUGAGGCCAAUUCUGAGGGGAAAAUAGAGGUAAACUUAGAUUUUAUCCUUUCUCUACCAGAGACUUCUUUAUCAUCUUGUUUUCCAUUCCCUAUGAAAGAAAAUCAGACUGGUGAAGACCCUGAAGACAACCUCGAGGGAGUGGAGAAGAUACCACAGCUUCUGUCCACAUCUGAGUCUGAUACUAUCCAAGGGGCUGAUAUGAAGAAAAAGAGCUUGACGUUAGCCUCUGAAAACAAAGUUACAAGCCAAGAGCCCCAGGCUAUUGACUGGCUGCUUUAUGUUAAAAAAAGUAGUCAUUCUCAGCUGCAAUCCUUGGUCCCAUCCUCUUCCUCUUCCUCCUCCUCCUCCUCUUCCUCCUCCUCCUCUGCUGCCUCUGCCUCCUCUGCUUCUUCAUCUUCUUCCUCUUCUUCUUCUUCCACCUCGCCCUCUUCCCCACCUCCUCCCAAAGAUUCUACCAUCCUUCUGGACUGUGAACUUACUAAGGUACUUAGUUCCCAACGCUUGCCUCCAGGGGUCUCCUGGCUUGAGUUUAUUUGUAGUAAAGAUCACCAGCCACUUCCUGAAAAACCAAAUCAAAGUCAAACACCACCUCCCCAAACAAAACCUGUGAGGAAUAGCAUCACAGAAAAACGGACAAAGGGACCAAACAUACCAUUCAAAACUUUCCAGGCAAAGUCUCAAAGUGAAAAAUCCUGA